UGUGGCUUGGUGUGAUCGGCGGCUUAGGGGAACCGAGCCAUAUCUGUGUUUGAUGGAUGGAGGAAGGCAGCGCAAAGGGGCGUCCCCUGGACCUUGACUGGAAUAAACUCUUGCCUACCCACGAUGACGGACCACCAUCGCCUGUGGUCGUCAUCAACACUUGUACCAAAACCAUCGUUUCGAUCACAGAACCCCAACGGACCUCCCAUAGGGAUGUCGAUCCCCGCGCUGAAGACCUACGACUCCUAACCGAUCACCAGCUUACAGAUUCGUAUAAUAGUAAAUUACGCACCUUCGAAAACACUGCUAAGAAUUUGCCUGAUAAAGGCGAUAAACUUCGAGUCACCCUCAAGCACUAUGAAGACGAGCUAAGUCGCAGAAGACGGAGACGCCUUGAGAAGGAAGUUGAUGAGUGUGAGGAGUCCAGAACAGCUACAACCUCAACCAUUAUCGAUGUGUCUGAUGGCUCGAGACAAGAGAAUUUGCCAUCUGAAGCACAGUCAAAAUCCUCAUUUGCAUCUAUUUUUUUUAAAAAAAUUGAAGAUAUUGAUUGUGGGACACCCAAUACAUCCAAGAAAGAGUCACUUAGUAAGCAUUGUGACAGUCAGAACACUAGAGACAACUUUGUACGGAAGGGACGAAAGAGAGAGCAAUCAUCUUCAAGACAAUUUCCAUAUCAAUGUCGCAGCAAUCUUUCCAAAUGUGAUACCCCUAAAAAUGAUAAAAGGCGCAGAGUAACUUUCACUCGGUCUCUGCACGACAUUGAGCAAGUGUCUGGAUGCUUACCAGAAAUGAAGGAUGCACCUCAGGCAAUUCGAUUGGAUGAUUCAAGAUCCAAGAAGGGUCAGGCCAUUGUUCUUGAUGAUGAGGAUGAAACUUUUAUUCUGGAGAAAGAAUGUCAAGAAAAGAAACUUGAUGAAUGCCUGAAUGAAGCUAAGAUAUAUUAUCCAUCAAGGGACGAUCCAAAAUGUGUUGAGAUUUGCUACAGAGACAUUGAUUGCCUGGCUCCUGAAGGCUUUUUAACAUCAACUAUUAUGAACUUCUACAUUCGAUACCUGCAACAACAAGCGUCUGUAACAGAUAGAUCAAUAUCUGACUAUCAUUUUUUCAACACAUAUUUCUACAAGAAGCUUAAAGAGGCUGUUUCCUACAAGCGGAGUGACAGAGACACAUUCUUUGCAAAGUUUAGACGGUGGUGGAAGGGCACAAAUAUUUUUCAGAAGGCAUAUAUUCUAAUUCCGAUUCAUGAGGAUCUUCACUGGAGUUUGGUCAUUAUUUCUUUCCCAGAGAAAAAAGAUGAAUCUGGGCCAAUCAUACUUCAUUUAGAUUCUCUGAGUCUUCACUCUAGUAGAUCCGUUUUUGAGAACGUAAAAAGUUUUUUAAAAGAAGAAUGGAAAUAUGUGGACCGAGAAUAUGUGCCCUCAGAUAUUCCAAUAGCUGACAAGAUAUGGAAGUAUCUUCCACGUAGAAUUGAAGAUAAAAUACUUGAGGUUCCCCAACAGAAAAACGAAUAUGACUGUGGUCUUUUUGUGCUGUACUUCAUUAAGCGUUUCAUAGAAGAGGCUCCUGAACGAUUGAAGAAGAAAGAUUUAAACAUGUUUGGCAAGAAGUGGUUUAAGCCUGAAGAGGCAUCCAGUUUGAGGGUGAAAAUUCGUAAUUUGCUCAAAGAAGAAUUCCAAAAUUCAUGCAAAAACAUGUCAUCUGCUGUCACUCCCCCUGAAUGUGUCAAGACAGACAAGGAUUCUUGACCCACUUUGGGAUCAUGCAUUGCAAUCCUCAUGUCACUGGAUGAACAAUCUGUGCAUAGCUUACGCUGUUGUUUAUUUGGUGUACGGACAACAAUUGUUUUGCAGGGAGUCUGUAGGAAUCAGGGUAUCCGAUGGCCUUGCAAGGAAAACAAAGGUUGCUGAUAAAAUACAGCCAACUUGGCCAGUUUCUGACCCUUUGGUAAGGAAAUAUUUAGAUACCAAAUAUGACAAUGUGUACAGUAAGAAACAGUAGAAAGCUGAGCUCUAUUUAUUAUGUCAAUUUCUUAGUUUAGUCAUGCUGGUCUGGUCGCUGAGAAUUCACACAAUCGCAAUAUUAUUCAACCACCCUUAUCCA